GAGAAACUGGUGAUGACAGGAAGGUCAAGCAUAUCAUUCCUGGUUGGUGUAUGUCCCAAGAACUAUCAUAAAAGCAGCCUCUCCUUGCCAUGGAUGAUGACUACCAGAAUGAAGCUGAAUACCAGAAUGAAGGAUGCAAAAGUGACAUUGUUGAAGAGGAAUUGUCCCACAUCUGGGGGGUGCAUUCAGCACUUGCAAGAACAGAAUCAGUGGCUUCUGACCAGGGGUAUGAGAAUGAUGAGCAGGAAUACGAGUCCAUCAAAUUUCCUGACAUGCGGAUGAGGAAACUUCCAGAGAUAGGAGUGAAAACAGAGCCAGCUUUGAUUGGAUCUAAGGUUGAUAAAUGGAGAUGUUUUGGCAGAGAAUGCCUCGUCGUCGUCAUCUUUGUUUCGCUGAUCUUUUCCCUGAUAAUGGCAGCAGCUGGCAUUCUGAUGGCUUGUCUCAAAUGCUUUUCAGCAUGCCCAGAUGAUUGGCAGAAGUUCGAUGACAAAUGCUACUAUUUUCCCCACAAAAAGGAUACGUGGGGUAACACAAGAAGUGCCUGCAAAGACCUUCAUGCAGAUUUAAUAGUGAUCAACAAUGAAAAAGAACAGAAAAUUUUGAUUUAUAAAAUGAAUUCCACUAGUGACGUCUGGCUUGGCUUGAGUUACAUAGAAGCUAAGGAAGAGUGGAUAUGGGUGGAUGCCACCAAUCUUUCCUACACAUCCUGGAAGUCAUCGAAACCAAGUCAGCUUAUUGGCGAAGAUGGCUUUCCUCUCCAUUGUAUGAUCGCAGAGAAAGAAGCCAAGUACAAAUGGAGCAACACUGCUUGCAGGAAGCGCCACCAAUCUAUUUGUGAAAAGAAGAGUCAAGUUGUCUGUGUCCUGCAGUCUCCGCGUUUGCCCUGAAUUUAAUUUCCUUUUGGCCUUUGUGCAUCCACAAACAGACUUCAUGAUAGAGUACUAUUAAGGACUCUAAUUGGUUUUGUGGGGCUAGAGCUGUAUCUUCAUGUUCUUUGGAAUUUGGGUGGGAAUAGAAGUAGCUGAUGGUUGGGUGAUGGGAUGUACAAACUGUCACAGUAGCUGCUCUUUGUUCUUAGUUUCUCUCUAUAUAUCAAUAAAGGAAAAUCUUGUUUGUCUCU